UUUUGAUUUCUUGUUUUCCUUUCACUUUAUAAUAAGCACUUCCAAUAUGUUAGCCUCAUCUUUAAGAUUCAAAAAGCCUGCUUUAUUCAACCCAGUCUUAUAUGUUGCAAGAUUUUAUUCUCAUUUACCUUUAUCUGUUCCAAUAAAAUUACCAAAUGGUAUUGUUUAUGAACAGCCAACUGGUUUGUUUAUUAACAACGAAUUUGUUCCAUCAAGACAAUCUAAAACCUUUGAAGUCAUUAGUCCUUCAACUGAAGAAGAAAUUACUCAUGUCUAUGAAGCAAGAGAAGACGAUGUUGACAUAGCUGUUGAAGCCGCUAAAAAGGCCUUUAACAGUACCUGGAAAACUGCUGAUCCAGCAGAACGAGGUAAAGUCCUUUACAAGUUAGCCAAUUUGAUUGAAAAAAAUGCAGAAACCUUAGCUGGUAUUGAGUCCUUGGAUAAUGGCAAGUCCUUAUUCUGUGCAAGAGGUGAUGUUGCGUUAUCUGCAAAUUACAUUAGAAGCUGUGCAGGCUGGGCUGAUAAAAUAUAUGGUAGAUUGAUCGAAACUGGCUCGUCUCAUUUCUCUUACUCAAGAAGAGAACCCUUAGGUGUUUGUGGUCAAAUUAUUCCAUGGAAUUUCCCCUUAUUAAUGUGGUCAUGGAAAAUUGGUCCAGCUCUUGCUACUGGUAACACAAUUGUCUUAAAACCAGCUGAAGCAACACCAUUAUCUGCUUUAUACGUCUCUCAAUUAGUUAAAGAAGCAGGUAUUCCAGCUGGUGUUGUCAACAUUCUUCCAGGUUAUGGUAAAAUUGUUGGUGAAAGAAUCUCAAGACACCCAAACAUUAAAAAAAUCGCCUUUACUGGUUCAACCGCCACUGGUCGUCAUAUUAUGAAAGCUGCUGCCGAAUCUAACUUGAAAAAGGUUACUUUGGAAUUAGGUGGUAAAUCUCCAAAUAUCGUUUUCGCUGAUGCUGAUAUUGAAAAGGCUGUUUCUAACAUUAUAAUGGGUAUUUUCUAUAACUCUGGUGAGGUUUGUUGUGCAGGUUCAAGAGUCUACGUUCAAGAUACUGUUUAUGAUAAAGUCGUUCAAGCUUUCAAAGAAAGUAGUGAAAAAUUAAAAGUUGGUAACCCGUUUGAUGAAAGUACUUUCCAAGGUGCCCAAACUUCCCAGGUUCAAUUGGAGAAGAUCUUGAGUUAUGUUGACAUUGGUAAGAAAGAAGGUGCUAAAUUAGUCACUGGUGGUGAAAGAAUCGGUGAAAAGGGGUUUUUCAUUAAACCAACCAUUUUCGCUGAUGUCAAAGAAGAUAUGAGAAUUGUUAAAGAGGAAAUUUUUGGUCCAAUUGUCACUGUCUCCAAAUUCUCGACUGUCGAUGAAUUGAUCGAAAUGGCCAAUGAUUCAGAAUAUGGUUUAGCUGCUGGUAUUCACACUAUUGAUAUCAACAAAGCUAUUGAUGUUUCUAACAGAUUAACUGCUGGUACUGUUUGGAUCAAUACGUAUAAUGAUUUCCAUCAAAAUGUUCCCUUUGGUGGUUUCAACCAAUCUGGUAUUGGAAGAGAAAUGGGCGCUGAAGCUUUAGAUAACUAUACUCAAGUUAAAGCAGUUAGAAUUAAAAUUGACCCAAAACAAGUUUAGAUAAAAUUAAAUUAAAUUAAAUUAAAUUAAAUUAAAUUUUAAAUUAAUCAAAACUUUGUGAUUUUAUCUUAUAUGAAUUUAUUCUUUAUUCUUUACUCUUUAUUCUUUUAAUGUUAUGAAUUUUUUAUUUUUUUGUUUUUAUUAUGUUUAUUUUG